AUGGAGACUUGCAUACAUAUGCUCAACAACUCAACCCUUGAAUGGACAAUCAGAGCUCGCGUUACAAGGGUUUGGCCAACUAUUUCAAGCUUUACCAACUCUGUGAGAGGAUACAACCUUAUUCUCCUUGAUCGCCAUAACCAUCGCAUUCAUGCACGGGUUAACAAUGAUUUCUGGCAAUCUCUUGAUGGUUUGAUAGUCGAAGGAGGUUUGUACGAAAUAACAACUUUUGCCAUCUUGAACUGUUCUGCGUCUGAACGCCCCCUCUCUUCUACAAGGUUCAUUCGUUUCUUGAAUGUCACCACUGUUCAGCCAUACCUGGAUACCAGCCUUAGAUUUCCACAAUAUGGUUUUGAAUUUGUUCAAGUCGAUGAAGUACAGCGUCUUGCAGAACCAAACAAUGAUGAUCAAUUACCAGUCCAUACCAUAGAUGUGAUUGGUGUUGUCGAGCAUCCUGGCCAGGUGUCAACGAUCCGCACUAGGCAUGGUGAUCGUCGUGUCCAUAAGUUUCAAGUCACUGAUGGCCAUGUGUUUGUUCGAGUAACCCUGUUGGGAAGAAUUCUGGACAGCAGCAACAUGCUGUUUACUGCCAAUUUGCAGGCUCCUGUUGUUAUCGUGUUGGCUGGUGUGAAAAUUAAGAGGAUUCCAGUUGAGGUAGGUCUGGAUAACUACCAUUUGACAGCAUGCCCUUGGACUCAGAUUUUUAUAAACAUGGAAACCGAUGCUGCAACUGACAUGAGAAACGAGUUAGUUGCCAUCGCUCAUUAA